AUGGAAGAAUAACUAAAAAAACUUUAAAUUAUUGUCGAUCAUUUAUCGAAGAAGAGUAAACAACCGAAUUCUAAAAUCUUGAUGGAGUGUUAUGAAGUAUUUUCAGAAUGUAUUUUGAUUGUUCAAAGAGAAAUCAAUUUAGAAAUUGGGAAUGUAAUGGACAAGCUCUUUAUGAUAAUUAGAGAAAUGGUCGAGAAUUCUCAAUUAAAAGUUCAGCCCAUAGAACCUCAACAGGUUGUUGUGGCAACAAAAAUCCCUGAGUUUGUGAAUGCCUUACAAUUGGGAAGUGUUUCAGUUUUAGACUAAUUAGGCAAUGGUGAAUAAGUUAAGAACAUCCACUAAAUACCCUGGUGUGAUUAUAAAUGCAAAGAAUAAAAGCCUCGCAACCUUAAAGGAUUUUAAGAUGUUGGUACAAGUACUGUAAUAGAUUAUUAUGAAAAUUGUUAAAAAUCAUCGAGUUAAUUUUUGAAGAAUGAAGAAGAAAUUAGAGAAUGGUUAGAAUAUACAAAUGAUACAAUAGCUAUGUUGGGUGAAGCAAUUGCUAGCAAGAAAUAAUUGGAUAUAGAAUAUUAAGGCAAGCCUGGAGAUGUUGAUUUAAUAAUUUCAGAUAUACAAUUUAGAAGAUUAAACUUGGAGUAAGUAUUAAAGUCAGUGAAUCCAGAUAAUUUUGGAGUUUAAAACUAUGAUAACACUGUUCAAUUUCUUCAGUAGCAUAUACACUAGAUUCAGUAACAGACUGCUAUAGCUGUGAUUUAAAAGAUGAAGCAUAAAUAGGAGGAAAAGGAUAAGCAAUAAUAGAUAAUUAAUGAAAUGAAAGGGAAAAUAAAGAAGAAAGUGAUGCAUAAAGAGGAUUGUCGUUGUGCUUAGUAUGUUAAUGACAUCUUGUCACUCAAAAAUAAAUUAGAGUAAAUUUAAACAGAUCUUGCCAAGAAAGAACAUUACAUAAUGGAAUUAGAAAUAAAAAAUGAUUAAAAGGACAUUCAGUAUAGAAUGUUGUAGCAAUAGUUUUAUUAGAUGGAGAGUGAUAGAAUGGAAAUGAAAUCGAAAUUAGACAAUUAUGUACGACUUGCAAAAAAGAACAGUGAUAGAGGAUAUAUAUCAUAGAGCAGUAAUGAUGAAAUUGUAGUUAAUGGUAUGACUGCUCAUCCCAGAACAACUAGCAGAGAUCAAUCAUAAUAAUAAUCUUCAAAAUAGUAAAUUCUACUCACUCCCAAGGAAAAUUUUAUCAUUUAAAAGAAAACACAAUAAAUGGAGAGAUUAGUCAAAUUGGUUAAUGCUCUAGAUACCAAUAAUUAAACAAGACGAUUAACACAAAUGCAAUUCAUUUUAGAAUAGAAAGCUACGUCGCAAAUUAAUGAUCUUGCUGAUCUCAUUAAGGAUAUAGAGGAGAAUGAUUUACUAUAGAAUGAAGCUAUUGAUAAUAGCACUGUUACUAAGGAGAUAGAACCUAUUUCAUCUCGAUUUCUGGAUAAAUAAUCCAAAUAAUUUACUACUUAAAGAAAUUCACUUUAAAAUUCAUUUGAAAUUGAGAUGAAUAUAGAUAAGCCUACUAUCAAAGUUAGCAUACCUGCUGAAUAGAUUACAUAUUAAAGGUAAGUUCCCAGUAAUAGGAUAAUGUCUUCAGUUGGAGGGUCUUAGAAAAAGCAAGAUUUAUCAAAUACCAAUUAUAACUAAAGAUAAAUGGAUACAUUAAAAAUUAAGAAUUCUUCAUCAAAUUAAUUGUCUCCAAAUUCACCAAAUGGAAGAAUGAAAUCAUCGUAAAAUAUGAGUUUAAAUAGAUAAAAUUCAAUAAAAUAAUAACAACAAUAAUAAUAAUAAUAAUAAUCAUCUUAAACUAUAACUGAUAAAUCUAAAAAAUAAGCAAAUUCAAAAAAUAUCAAAGAUUAAUAUUAAUAAACUGAUUAUCUCCACAAAAUUGACAUUUCAACUUAAACAGAUAGAGUACUUAACAAAUAAACAACUGAAUAAAUAGAUAACAUUAGAAUCAUGGGUACAUAUAAUAAAAAUAAUUCUUAAUAAUUAACAACUAGUAGCACUUUUCACUUUAAUUCUUUAGGCACUUCAGGCAAUAUUGUUACUCCUAUUCAAUCAAAUAGUAAUUCUAAUAUACAAUCUCCUAGAAAUUAAAUCUCCCAACACCAUCUAAAUUCUACAAUAACAGGAUCAUUUCCAUUACCCUCCCCUUCCCCUUCUUCAGCAUUAAUAAAAAAUAAAUUACAAAGCGUCAAAUCAGAAUCUGAAAAUUCUCAAUUAUUAGGUCGUUAAUUAUCAUUACAUACUCUUGAUAAUUAGCAACCCAAAUAAUCUCAAUCUUUGAAAUAGAGAAUUUUCGAAAGAUAAGAGGAGAAACAUUAGAAGAUUAACCAUCGUAAAAUGUAUACAAGUACUGCUAAUUAAUUCUAGAGUUUGACUCCAAGAGAAAACACUUCUUUUAAAAUAAAAUCAAACGAUGAUUUGAGACUGCAAUAAUUUCAAUAGAAUCAAGAAGAUGAGCAAUUGAUGUCAGAUUAAGUUUUACAUGAUCUUCCUGAGUAGCAUGAACAUGAAAUUAUAUAAAAAGCCAUCAAUAGAACACCUGGCUAUGAGUUAGCAUCAGAAUUAACUGAGAAUAUUUUGCUAACUAUGUUUGACAAUCUUCAAAAUGUUCCUGAGUUUAUUGAAUUGAUUAAAAAAUUAAAUAAGAAUAACUCAGUCACAUUUACAGAAUUUAAAAGAUUUGUCAAUAGAAUGUAAGCAUUUCACAAAAAGUGUGGAAGAGAGUGUAAUCAUUUGCAGAGAUUCUAUUUAAGAUUAGGAUUUGUGUCAACUAAGUACUUAAACAAACGUAAGUAGCUGAUAUUGUAAAAGCCAAAAGUUCUGCCUGGUUUUAAAUGA